CUUCACCAACAUGUUAUCAGUGAAUGAUGUCUAUGUUAUCAGGACUUUUGAGAAAGUUUGAUGUUAAGUAUUUUAGUACAUGCCAAACGUUUUUUCAAAGAAUCUAUUCUUCUCAAGAAAAAGAAUUCAUCUUAAAUAAAAUAAAUGAAAGAGAUUUACCAAACGGAAGUUUAAGUUCUAGUCAACUUAUAAAAAUUAAUCAGUAUCUAGAGAAAAAAAAAUUGACUACUCUUGAAGACCUUCUGAAUAUUAACGGAAUUGGGCCCAAAGUUUUAAGGAAAUUUUGUGACACUAUUUUAGACAAUGAAAAUGGCACUAAGAAGGUUGCUAAAGUUAAAAAAAGAGUAUUGAAUCUUGCAACACCCCCUAUCGGAGAGAAUCAGAAAAAAGACUUAAUUGAUAUUACUGCCAUACAUGUUGGUACUGGUCAUAUUAGUUGGGCAUUAAUUAAUUCUUUAAAUAAAUCUUUGUUGGAAUGGGACUUCAAAGAAUAUAUGCUUGAUAAAGGGAGUCUAUAUGACUCUCUAUCUGUGGUAGAAAAAGUUGUGCCCCUUAUUCCUCAUGGUCACAUUUACAUACUAGAAGAAAUGGGCAGUGGAAGGAACCAUGUUGAUUACAGCAGGAACCUCAUUACAGCUAUGCUUUCUUCAUUUAUUCAAGGAUCUAGAGGAGAAGGGAAAGAAUAUCCAGUUGUUGCCUUUAUAAAACCUGCAGUGAAAAAUAAUUUAUAUAAAGCUGCUGUAGGUUCUGAAAGAGUAUCAUUGCAGAACCAAGUUGUAAGUAUUAUUGAUGAAAGAUCGUCAACAGAUUGUCUCAGUUUUCCUCAAGAAUUGAAGGCUAAAUUCUUUAGUUUGAAACCAAAUACAAGGGAAGAUAUGACUCAAGCUUUACUUUCAGCCACUUCAUUUAUUAAUGUGAUUUUAAAUGGAAGGACUUUGAAUUUUAAAUAAUUUUAAACAUUUUGAAGUCAUGAAUUAUAAAUUAUUUUCAGUCAACAAAAAGAACUAAUAAGGUUAUUAUUAUCGAUUUUAAUCUUUAGGGAAAAUAAUAGAUGAACAUACAAUAGAUAGAUAGAAAAAGAGAAAAGACAAUGAUAAGUAAAUUUAUGCCUGAUAGCAUUCCAAAUAGGUUCAUACUAUAACUGAAAAUAAUUUAGAUCAUGUCAGUAGUAAUUUAUAAAUAGUAUGUUUUAAAUAUUUAUUAGUUAUUAGUUUUUUUAUGGUUGUGAAAUUUUUUUAAGAUGAUGAUUAAUGGUUUAA